AUAUUGUGACUAACGAAACAAGCACACAUUUAGAUAAUCAAUAUAUAGCUUAUCUAAAUAUGUUGAUCCACUUUUCAGUUCUUCUUCUCUUCUUUACCAUCAUCACGAUCUUCUUUGCAAUUUCAACAUCUGUUUUAUCAGCUCUCCAUCCAGAUGAAUUAAAUACGCUAGAGAAGAUAGCUACUACACUUGGAGUCAAGGGAUUGAACCUACGUCAUGGAGACCCUUGCACUUUAGGAACCUUAACUAUGGCGCAAGGAGUCUCUAUUGUUCCGAAUUCGGAGAGAAACAACACCAUUCGUUGUGAUUGUAGCUUCUACAACAACAAUACAUGUCAUAUAACAAGCAUAGAGCUCAAGACCCUUAGCCUUCCAGGGAAACUUCCACCUGAGCUGGCAGACCUACGAUAUCUCCAAACGAUCGACUUGUGCCGAAACUAUCUAUCGGGCACAAUCCCAAUGGAGUGGGCUUCAAUGCCACACCUCACUUCCAUCUCGCUCUGCGCGAAUAAUUUGUCUGGUAAUUUACCAAGUGGGUUACAAAACUUCAAGAAUCUGACAUUUUUAGGGAUUGAAGCAAACCAGUUCACUGGUCCCAUACCUGAUGAGAUUGGUAAUUUGACCAACUUAACAGGAAUGCAAUUUGGGUCCAAUCAAUUUACAGGAAGCUUGCCUAGCUCUCUCGCUAGACUGGUUAAACUUGAGGAUUUUAGGGUAAGUGACAAUAACUUUAAUGGCACCAUCCCAGGAUAUAUUGGCAACUGGUCUAGGCUUAAAAAGCUGUAUCUGUACGCAAGUGGACUGAAAGGACCUUUUCCUGAUGCGGUGGCCCGUCUAGAAAAUCUCGUUGAACUGAUUAUUAGUGAUACGACUGGGAUAAACUCCUUUCCAAAUAUAUCCAGCAAAGCCAUCAAAACCCUGAUUUUGAGGAAUGUGAGUUUGUAUGGUUCCAUUCCUUCUUACAUCUGGACUAUGCAAGAGCUAAGGAUUCUAAGUGGGCUUCUUCCAUGCGCUGGUUCAAUAAACUGCACGCGUUAUCAACGAUUUCUACAUAUAAAUUGUGGUGGAGACAAGAUAGUUAUCACAAACUCUUCUUAUAAAACCACUUAUCAACCUGAUAACUACAAAUUCAACGAGGCAACAAAUCAGCGCUUUGGAAACUGGGGAAUCAGUAACACUGGUGCAUUCACGGAUUAUCUUAGUGAGGAGGAGCAGUUCAUCUUUUCAACUAGUUUACCACUAUCUGGAAAUGCUCCUGAUAUUUAUAAGACUGCGCGUCGAUCAGCUCUCUCUUUAGCUUAUUAUGCAUUUUGCUUGGAAAAUGGACCUUACAAUGUGAAACUACAUUUUAUGGAGAUUCAGUUUUCUGAUCAAGAACUAUAUAGCCGUCUUGGCAGACGCAUAUUUGAUGUCUAUGUUCAGGGAGAAUUGUUCUUGAGAGAUUUUAACAUCAAAGAAGAGGCUAAUGGGACACUAAAGCCUCUUGUUAAAGAGAUAAAAUCUGUUAAUGUGAGCGAUCAUACGUUAGAGAUUCGUUUGUAUUGGGCGGGGAAAGGGACAACUCUCAUUCCUAAAAGAGGAAAUUAUGGUCCUCUUAUCUCUGCAAUCUCCUUGUGUCACAGUUUGGAACCACGAUGCGGAGCGGAGAAAACAAAACAUGACACUAAUUAUCCACUAAUUUUUGGGGUAACUGGUGCCUUGGUAACAGUUACUCUCUUGGCGUUGGGAUUAUAUGCUCAGAAAAGAUGCAGAGGAGAAAAGAACAAGAGAGAAAGAGAUUUAAGAGCCCAGGGUCUGCAAACGGUUUGGCUCCAUGAAGAAGAACACACUCACAUUAGCACUAAAGUUGCAGGAACCAUCGGAUAUAUGGCUCCAGAAUAUGCAUUAUGGGGUCAACUGACAGAGAAAGCAGAUGUGUACAGCUUUGGAGUUGUGGCAAUGGAAAUUGUUAGUGGAAAGAGUAAUACGAAACAACAGGGAAGUGCUGAUCACGUCUCGCUUAUCAAUUGGGCGCUGACACUGCAACAGAAAGGGGACAUAAUGGAGAUCAUAGAUCCAAUCCUCGAAGGUGAUUUCAAUAGCAAAGAAGUAGUGAGGAUGAUCAAAGUUUCUCUCCUUUGCACAAACUCAUCUCCUUCUUUAAGACCAACAAUGUCAGAGGCCGUGCAAAUGCUUGAGGGAGAGAUCGAGGUAACACAGGUUUUUUCUGAUCCUGAUUUAUAUGGACACAACUGGAGCAUCUCAAAGCGGAGGGACAUUGAAACACACGGUAUCUCAAGCACGUCUGAUGUGACUGAUCAAACAACAACGACAAUGCGAUCCUCCUUUUCGGGUUAUGAUCUCUACCCGUUAUACCCUGAAUCCAUGAUCUUAAACUCCACAGUAGAGUUUUCUUCCUCGUCACAGUAAUAUCAAUAGCUAUGAUAUAUUUAAGUUUAUGUGAGAGGAAAAAAGACUUGUGAAGUUAUUAUUAUAGUUAAACCACUAAAGUUGUUCUAAAUUA